AUGACUGCCAAAACCGUCACUACAACCGUCGCUGUCUCUCGAAGCAGAGAGGAUGUUCCUCCCUCACAGUUCCAUGUCCCUGAGGCGACGUCAAGCAGUAGCAGCAGCAGCAGCAGCCAGGAGCAUCGCGCCAAGUUUUCCAAGUUCAAAAAAGUGCUGACCACAGCUCAGCUCUCCGUUGUCAACUUCACGACAAGCGCCUGCAAUGGCAUGGUCGUCGUCGCGCUCCCAGCCAUGACUGUGGACUUACACCUGCCAAAAUCUCUGGCAUUUUGGCCAGCAUCUACGCAGGGACUCGCUACAGCAUCGAGCCUUCUUCUGAUGGCAUCCGUUGCAGAUGCAAUUGGGCCGAAAUGGGUUGAUAUUUGUGGGUGUCUGCUCUGCGGAUUCACGAUGGUGGGGGCUGGACUCAUCCGAACGGGCGAGCAGCUGCUGGCCAUGCGAGCACUUUCGGGAGUUGGAUUAGCUAUGCAUCUGUGUUCAUCCGUAUCAAUCUUGACCAAAAUUUUAGAUCGAGGAAGACCGCGAAACCUAGCCUUUGCUAGUCUGGGUCUAAGCCAGGUCUUGGGAUUUUCCUUUGGUCUUGUAACGGGAGGUAUCUUUGUUGACUCCCUGGGAUGGAGGGCAGGAUGGUACAUUUAUGCAGGUGUUACCAUGCUAUUCACAUUCCCUAGUCUUUGGACUGUUCCUGGGAGUAAAGAGAAAGGAACUCCGCGGCAACGGAUCAAAAACCUGACAACGACUGUAGACUGGGUUGGUGCCAUACUUGGCUCUACAUUUAUGGCUUCGCUAUGCUAUUUCCUAGCGGUUUUGAGUACCGACGUCGAAAGAAUUCACAAUGCAGAUGCUAUUGUUUGCCUGUGUCUUGCAGCUGUUUCCUGCAUCUGCUUCAUCUUCUGGAUGCACAUCCAAGUCAAGGCCCAAAGACCUGCACUAAUUCCCAAUUCUUUAUGGAGAAACCAUGCCUUUUCGACCAUAUGCGCAACGGUAGCAUUAUCUUAUGCAAACAUGGGCUCGAUGGAGCUCUUUGCAAGUCUUUUCUUUCAAGAAGUCCAGCAACUCUCCGCUCUCGAAGCCUCAAUCCGCCUCCUCCCCAGCUUCAUCGUAGCCGCAUUCCUCAACGUCGGAGUAGGCAUGUUCGUCCACAAAGUCCCCGUCAUCUGGCUCGUCGUUGGCUCCUCCCUCCUCUGCGCUCUCGCGCCUCUCCUCAUGGCCGUCAUUCAACCAGAAUGGACCUACUGGGCCAACGCCUUUGUUGCGCAGCUGUUCCAGCCCAUCAGCGCUGAUAUUCUGUCCACGAUUGGGCUCAUUAUCAUCACGGACAGUUUUCCGGAUGAUACACAGGCGCUGGCGGGUGCUGUGUUUAACACGGCGGGGCAGUUUGGGACGGCGUUUGGGCUGGCGGUUUUGCAGGUGGUGUCGCAGCAGGUUUCGAUGAGGCAUGAUGAUUUGGGCAAAGUGAAUUCUAUUAUGGAAGGGUACAGGGCGAGCUUUUGGACAAUGGUUGGAUUUAUGGUGCUGUGUGCGGCGCUUGGUGGUGCUGGAAUGAGAAGAGUGGGAAAGGUUGGAUUGAAGCGGGAUUAG